AUGAUGUCAUCAGAAUGCCUCCCGGCCGCCGACAAAACCCUGACGGCGGCCGCCUCCGUCAUCGGAACCCUAAUUCUCAUCAAAUCCAUCGCCAACGAAAUCAUUCCCCAGCAGAUCCACACCUACCUCUGCUCCUCAUUCCAUAAAAUCGCCGAUCGCCUCUCGACCCAGCUCACUGUCGUCAUCGACGAGUCCGACGGCCUCACCACCAACCACCUCUUCGACGCCGCCACCACCUACCUCGGCUCCCGGAUCUCCCCCUCCACGCGGCGGAUCAAAAUCAACAAACCCGAGAAGGACGACGAUUUGGCCGUCACCGUCGAUCGAAACCAGGAAGUCAUCGAUUUUCACGGCGGGAUCAAAUUCCGGUGGGUCCUUCAGUCGUCAGCCGUAUCCAAUAGGGCGCCGGAAGGGAAGAAGAGCUCGAGCGCCCGAACCGAACUCCGAUUUUUCGAGCUGAGCUUCAAUAAGAAGCACAAGGACUCUGUUCUGAAGGUCUACCUGCCCCACAUAUUGAGAAAGGCAAAGGAGAUUAAGGAACAGAUGAGGAAUGUGAGGCUUCACACGGUGGAUUACAACGGCACAGAUUAUUGGAGCUCAGUGGUUUUGAACCACCCGGCAACUUUCGAGACCAUGGCUAUGGAUUCGGAUGUGAAAAGGGGGCUGAUUGAGGAUUUGGACAGGUUUGUGAAGAGGAGGGAUUACUACAGAAGGGUGGGGAAGGCGUGGAAAAGAGGUUACUUGUUUUACGGGCCGCCCGGGACUGGAAAAUCGAGCCUAGUUGCAGCCAUGGCCAAUCAUCUCAAGUUUGAUGUCUAUGACUUGGAUUUGAGGGAGGUGCAGUGUAAUUCAGAUUUGAGAAGGCUGUUGAUUGGCUCGGCUAAUCGGUCCAUACUUGUGAUCGAGGAUAUCGAUUGCAAUGUGGGGUUGCAGAAUAGAGAGGUGGAUAGUGCAACUAGUGAAGAUGACAAGAUAACUCUGUCUGGACUGCUCAACUUCAUAGACGGGCUUUGGUCGAGCUGUGGGGACGAGAGGAUUAUAGUUUUCACAACAAACCACAAAAAUCGACUGGACCCGGCUUUGCUUAGGCCAGGCCGUAUGGAUAUCCACCUCGAGAUGUCUUACUGCACGUUUGGCGGAUUUAAGAUACUCGCCUGGAGUUAUCUGAGAAUAGAGGAGCACUCAUUGUUUCCGGUUAUUGACGAGCUGCUGACGAAAGUCGAGGCAACACCUGCUGAGCUGGCGGGGGAGCUGAUGAAGAGCGAGGAUCCCGAUACUGCAUUAGUAGGCUUGGUUAAAUUCCUCGAGGACAAACGCACAAAUGCUUAA